AAAGAAAAAACAGGCUAGAAUGCACUUCAACUUAAGUCCUGGGAGCUACGCUAAUUCAUGGGGACCACAGAGGUUUAAUAGGCAUUUCUACACCUGGAUCAGCCCCAAGGACAGUAUUACCCUGUACUGCCCCUUCCUAUUACUAUUUUCAGUCAUUUACGAAUAUUGGGCUGUAGUACUUUCACGUUUAAGCUUUGGCUAUUCAGAGCUCACCGUGUUUAAUCUUCAGUUACCUGAAUGGUGUUUACCUUCUGGUGUGGAUCAUCCCGGCUUGUGUUAGCUCUCUCUCUUUGGAAGAAGCCAGGACUUAAGAUCAAGUUAGCCUAGAUGUGGCCCAGCAGGGUACAGAAGGGGAAGGGCUGCAGAAAACAGGCGUUAUUUUCGUACAAAGAGGUUUUUGCGCCAUUUACUUAUGGUUUUCACCGUCAUAUGAGAGGACUAUUAAUGAUAGGUUGUAUUUGCUGACCGCCUACUUUGGGUUCCCCCAUGCGUUGUGCCGAAACCACCUCUUUCCUUCCUGCCUUCCUCCGCCUGGCCUGGGGAGCCAGGAGCUGCGGUUCACAGGCCUGCUAGGGAGCCUGCGGCCGUAAGUCUCUAUUCCGCAGAAGCGCAGCCAUUCACGGCCUCACGCAAUACGACACUUCCGCCUGCACGAGUUCUUCCGGGGCGGAGGUCAGCAUGGCAGCUGCGUUGGCUCGGCUUGGUCUGCGGCCUGUCAAAGAGGUUCGGGUUCAAUUCUGUCCCUUCGAGAAAAACGUGGAACCGACGAGGACCUUCCUCCAGGCGGUGAGCAGUGAGAAGGUCCGCUCCACUAAUCUCAACUGCUCAGUGAUUGCCGACGUGAGGCAUGACGGCUCCGAGCCCUGCGUGGACGUGCUGUUCGGAGACGGGCAUCGCCUGAUUAUGCGCGGCGCUCAUCUCACCGCUCUGGAAAUGCUCACCGCCUUCGCCUCCCACAUCCGGGCCAGGGACGCGGCGGGCAGCGGGGACAAGCCGGGCGCUGAUACUGGUCGCUGACAGCGCCAAAGAGACCAACAAGACGAUUUUAGCGUGGACUAGGACACUUAACCUAAGAAGAGUUUCACUUAAUCAUUCAACUCACCAUCUGGAGGGCCAGGGAGCGCAAAAUAAAGUUUAAAACCCUACUA